AUGUAUUUUAAACACAAAUCAAUAUUCUCAAUAACUUCUUGAUUGAUUGGUUAAAAUCAUGAUUAUGUUUUACUGAAGAAAAGCGUCAUGUGGAUUGAGUUAUUAAAUAGUUUGCACACUUGAGGUUAUACUGUGAUAUUCUCGAUUUUAAAUGAAGCAAUUCACAUUAACAUUUGAUUAAAGAUUGAUUGUAUGAAAGUGAGUUGACUGCUACUAAUUAAAUUAUUCCAUUUGUUUACUCAUUUUAAAUGUUAUAAUUUCAGCUGGUGAAUAGACAGAUAAUUGAUAUGAUAGGGUUUAGUGUAUUAAAUAUUCAUGGUAAAACUUAAUUACAAGUAUAUGCAUAGAGACAAUGCCUACUAGUCGGAUACUGCGAUAAUUCGCUUGGAUUAGAUGAUUCAAUUGAUAAAUGUACAAGUUAAUGAUAGUUUGAAAUGUGAGUGAUUAGAACAGAGUAAGUAAGGGUGAAAUGUUAUAUGCUGCAUUAAUUACGAUGAAUUAUUAAUAUGAGAAUAGAGAUGAUAUGGAGAAAAGACAGUUGCUUAAUGAUUACUGAUGAUAUUUGUCUGAUAUUGCAGUCGUGUUAUUUGGAAUAGCUUGAUUUAAUCCUGCUUUCUAUCUAAAAUGUGUGUUUGAAGGUGGUGGAAAUUGUAUCAGUACUGGAACCAUGAUAUCCUCAUCAUACACUAUCCUUAUUCUCGAAAAUGGUAAGUUGUUGUUAUCUGUGUAGUUCCUACUCAGUGAAAAUGGCACAUGAUAAACAUCAGGGUGACUAUUUGUGAUGUGCUUGCAAACUUUACACACGUAUGACUUUCAGUAAUCAGUUUUUGCAUAACCAAUAAUGAUAAGUAAUCUUGAGUCAGUUGUACAUGCUCAUGUGACAUACAUUUGGAAGGGGCGAUUUUGGUUAUUUUGUUUUCUAGGGGAUGGUGUUGGUUAUGACAUGCCUAGUCCUUCUCCUUUAUUCGAGCUUGGAACCGGCGGUAACCGUCGAAGUGCUACCGAUUCGUUUUUGAUCAGUAUUAGUUGAUAUCAAUCAAAUUAUAUUGACUGAUGAUCCAUAAUUACAUAGAAUUGAAUUGAUGGUGGCCAAAGUUUACACUUUGAUUUCACAUUUAAAGAGCGCUUUCCAAAAUCUUGUCAAUUCGGGUCGGAUUUUCGAUAGUAAAUAAACCUUUUCAUUUUUAGUUGUUCAGGAGUUGGCUUCAGUACAUCUGCUUAACAUGUUGAUCUGUUGAAUCUACAAUGAAAUCAAGUGUUAUGACAUACGGAUAUCAAUCGGUCCGUUCGCACAAGUUUUGGAAAUGUUCUCAGUAAAUAGACCUAAAUGAAUUGUCCAUAAAAAAAUAAUGAGCAUUUGCUUUACAAUCACUGGUAUCCAUAAUCUCUGUUUAUCGAUGGAAUGAGGGCAACUACACAUUUUUACACUGGCAUAUGUAUAAACAAUUUAGUAGCCUACUUUUAGACUACUUAAUUUAAAUUAGUAACAGAAUUUAAUAGGGAUAUUUUACAAAUGGUUAAAUCUUUAUCUGCGAUCAUGGGCUUUUGAUAUUGAAUCAGUGGCAACAUUAAAAUAAUGUGCUUGUGAACUUCAUUGAAAAUAUAUGUUAUUACUCGUAAAAUACAAACUGUAUUCUGUGAAGAACCGUAAAGAGAAAGAAAACGUUGAGUGUAAUUGUGUGUAACGUUAUCACGGUUUAUAGUUAGUGAUUUCAUAGUUAUUAGUAUUGGAGGCUGUGGAUUGCAGAUGCUAUGACUACAGUUUCACGUUACAAAUCGGCUGUAAUUAAAUAAUCACUGAAACCAAGCAAACAUAAAACAUUCACUUAGUCCUAUUAUAAUACUUAUCAUCAGUGAACAUCCAUGAUUCAACCAAGAAUCAAACUGUUGGCCCCCCGGGUCUCACAGAGAUCUCCCAACGUUUAGACCAGUGAUUUGGGAUCUAUCUUUAUUUUAUUUGAGAAUGAUCAUCAUUCAUUGAUGUUUAUGAAAUUCACCUCACGCCUCUCAUAGAACAACUUUAAUGAUUACAGCUUCUCCCUAACAAUUGUACUUAGCUGCGAGUUACAUGUAUCGAUUUUUAUGUAGGGGUUUGUGUAAGUUGUUGAAUUUAUGAGCUUUAUUCACAUAUUAUUUAUACUUAGAUAACCGUAGUAAAUCAGGUUGAACAAUGGAUAUUUAUUUUAAAGGUUUCAUAAUAAUGAAAUUAUAAACAUCAAUGAUUACUAUUAUAGCUAAAGAAACAUGUUUAAACUUGAUUACACUCUAAUUUGUAUAUUUUCAGAAAAUAAAAUGUACUUAGUAGCACCGUUGUCAUGUUAUUUAAUAUUUCAAUAGCAAGUGUAAGAGUUUUCAAAAAUAUUUAUGACAACAACAUUUAAUUGUUUUAGAAUACAGUGACUAGAUUUGUCUAAACUUUCACGAGUGUCUCAUUCAUAACACAGGAUCUAAUAAAAAUGAUGCUCAGUUAUAAAAAUUACUACAUUCCAUCUGAUCUAUACGUUUAUAUAUAUUCUAGGAUUGUAACUAUUUUUAUGCACGGAUAUUACACUUCACUUCGCUAUUAGCAUAGUAAAUGCCCCCCUGUAGGAUUCACAUGCUUUACGGUUGGUUGAUUACUGAAGAUUGACCAAUAUCGUGUCCUCGAUGUCAUGUUUUUGAGGUUAGUGUCCAUAACGCAACCUGAUCGAUAGAAUUCAACUAGAAUUAGCUGGGUUUUCGUAUAUAUAUAUUGCUCAUAACUCAGUGAUCAAUCAAUUCUAGAUAUUUUAAGCGAAAAAAAAUGUUUUCAGGAAACCAUAAAUGCCCACCAUAUUGUUCUUUGUGGCAAAACAUUGAUGACAUCAUGACUAUUUGGAGCGAUUACUUUAUACGACAGAAAGAAAGGUAACACAGUAAUAAUAGAUGAGUAAGAAGCAUAGCCUAAUCAUAACGCGCUUAUUUUGGAGACGAAAGAUAUGAAAUGGUAGUGUGUCAUGAUGCAAUAUUAUGUUUGGAACUGUAAGAAGUCCAGCCUACAAAGUGUUAAGAUAUUUUGAUAGUCAAGGAUACACUUCACUGUGGUUAUCUUCCUGAUUGAAUGAAGAGCAUUUAAGUUUUGUAUAAGAACUUAUAACAUAGAGGUGAGUUAAGUUCCAUUGAUAUCAUUAAUUCUAAUUAUUUCAGUUCAAAUAUUCAAAGAUAAAAAUGUUUUUGAAUUAGUGAUAACGAUUCUUAUUUCAGUAAUCGAUCGAUGUAUGGUCAUAUAGACUCCAAUCGUACUUGAAAUACAUUAGAAAGUUAUGCAUGCAUUCGAUAAUUGUGUUUGUAGCCUCGUAAUAUGCUCAGAAAUAUGAUUUUUAUUUUCUUAAUUUUAGAUUUUAACUCAACUUGUGAAAAGUAUUAUUGAAGUUGAAUGUUAAUUUGUUGGAGAAAAGUUAAACCAGUUUGGUUUUCUAAAAUUGCGUUAAUUAUUGCUAUUUUGGGAUUUCCUCCAGUAUAUAUAGCAUCUGUAUAUUAUGAGCAUGUAAAUGGUUUAUUCCCAUUAAUUAGUGCAUUUGGAGUUUUCCCACCAGAAAAACAUUGGUUUCAAGUGCUGAUGAUUAGCUAUGCUCUAUUCAAUAUGGCGGGAAACUGUUUUUGGUUCAUGAUAGCUAGAAGUAAAAUUAUAAUUAUGACCAAAUCUCUUAUUCCUCAUCUAAUCAACUCAUCUAUCAGACUAUUAAUGAUCAUUUCUGGAUUGUGUUUAAUCGGUCUAUCGAUUUUCGAUAUGGAAAACUAUGGAGGAAUACAUUUUCUGAUGACAGUUGGGAACUUUUUAUGUCAUGGUAUGUCAAUUUUGUUGGGAUGUUACCUAAUGGCUAAAUAUUUUGAGAAACCUCUCUGGUUUUGCUAUUUUCGACUUACACUUAUUGUGAAAAUGCUGAUCAGUACAAUAUCAUAUGUUUAUUUCAACGUAAUUGGGCUUCCCUUAUUGAGUACAUUGAAUGUUUAUCGAAUGAAACCAACUGAUGGUGGCUACUGGGAAUUCCUUUAUUGUGCAAUCGCUGAGUGGGUACUGGUUCUUGCGUGUCUUCUAUUCACUCUAGUUAAUGCUCUGGAAACACAAACAUAUGAAGUCGUUUUAGUACGAAGUAAAAUCAGAAAUAUUACCACAAUACAACUUAUGAAACAAGUUUAA